GAUUGCGGAAGUUCCCGCUGCACGUCCAUUAAAAGCAAAAUUAAUGGCUUUUGUUUAAAACAACUGUCAAAAAUAGAAGAACCACCGACGAACUAAAAGUAUUCGUUAUCAAAUGACGCUUGAUAUCGAACAAAGAGGCAGCGAGCAGCAUAUGUGAGCGGUUAUUGGAGAAUAUGUCUCCUGUGUGAAGCAGGACAAUGCUCCGUGCCACACAGCCAGGUCAAUCAAGGUGUGGAUGGAGGAUCACCGGAUCAAGACCCUGUCAUGACCAGCCCAAUCUCCAGACCUGAACCCCAUUGAAAACCUCUGUGAUCAAGAGGAAGAUGGAUGGCCACAAGCCAUCAAACAAAGCCGAGCUGCUUGAAUUUUUGCGCCAGGAGUGGCAUAAGGAGAAAGGAAGUCAUAUGGGUUUGGAACGACAUGAAGGGGAAGGCGCUCAACAUGGAAGACUGCUUGCACACUUCUUCUGAUAACCUGGCAAAAUUGGUGAAAUGGGCCCACAGUCAUGGAACUAUCUGCACCCUGAUCCCCAACCUGAAACACAUGCUCAAUGAAGGCUCACACGGUACCCUGACCGCUCUGUGGGGCUGCAGCGCUGGCCAUGCUUACCAUUGGCCACUUAAUAGCACCUGCAAAACAGGAAACAAGGAACGCAUGUCUUACCAAGACAGCCGGAGCAUCAAUACGGACAGUAUUAUGCAGGCAGCCGUUGCCUUACAGAACACCUCGACAGAACGUUUCCUCUGCAAUGCCGGAAAGAGCAAAGGCAAUUCCAGCCAAGGCGAUUCCAGUCAGAUCCGCGACUCUUGUGACAUCUCCAACUGCAGUGAACCUUCUGAGAUGGAUGACAACUGCGAGGAAUACAAUAACCUCUACGACAUAGUUUGCGAGUCGUCGGCUACUGAUGAAGAGGGUGACUCUGAACCCAACCACACCCCGAAUGUCACACCCAGGAAAAGACCUGGGAAAACACCGGGACAUGAGGAUCCCACUGAUCCAGCGUUGAAGAAGAUCAAACAAGAAAGGGGUGAAGACUAUUACAGUGUGGCCAAUCCACAGAUGCCAAGUGGCUCUGAAGGUAACCUGGCAACUAGUGGGGUUACCCAGUCACCCAAGCCAAACCUCCAGGCCAGACCUUCAUCUAGGUCUUCAGCAUCUCACAAGCCUUCCUCCGUAGAUGGUGACUCCAUAGGGGUGUCGUCAUCUCCACUUGAAAACUCUCCUCAGUCCAUGGUGAAACCGUUGCGUGCACCGUACCACAUUACACAAAACAAAAUGCACAUGAGCUCAAGCCCAACUUGCAGUCAAACUGUGGCAGCUUUACCCCAUUCUGGAAGGAUUGAUGCUAUGGGGGUCCUGCAUCGGGAUGAAUAUCCCAAGUCUUCGUUGUCUUAUGGAGAGGCCUCCAUUGGUGUAAACCCUGAGAUGGAUCUUCUAACAGCGCAGGCACUUAGUGGAGAAGCUAGAGGAGAUAACGCAGGUCCACAUGAGAAGAUGGAUUAUGCUGCGAUUUUGAAAGCCCUGCAUGAACAUCUGUUACCAGCCGCACAAAACUCAGAGGAGUUCUGCCAAUCAGACCUCAGUCCAAACAAUGAGAGGUAUUUUGAAGAGAGAAAACACCUGGAAGAGUUUAUAACAAGCAUAGAUACUAUAACUCUACAAAACCUGCAGACAGUCAUUGAUCGAGUUCUCGUGUUUCACGAGAGAACGCAGAUGCCUCUGUCCAAUCCAGCCCGAAUGGGCGAGCAGGAACUGUUUCCAGGAAGUGGACUCUACCUGCCCCACUACAAACUGGCUUCCAUGCUGCAGGAGUCGAGACAGGACAGCAUGAGACUCUUUCACCUGCUGUUUGAACACUUCUUUAGUGAGGAGGACCUCAACGGAGCGGUCGCUUUUGGCAAGAGAGGAAAAGUACCUGAUGGCAAGAAAAUCUUAGACAGAAGAAGAGUCGAUGGAAUUAUGUCAUAUGUUCUACGUUGUUCUACUAUUGACGGAUGGACACCCGUGGAAUCAUCUAAGCUGAAGAAAGCCUGCAUUAAUAAAUGUCGGCUUAGAAUUGGCCAGAAAAAGAAGCAAGAGUCUUCUCAAGAGUCCUUUAUUUUCUGUGAUGAACCUUCAGGCAAAAACGACCCUUCAUAUAUGUAAUUGUUGAGGCCCUCAAAAUUUCCUUUCAGAGACAAAUACUAUUAUCACACAUACAGAAACAUUACUGAAAGCAUCCCAGUGAUUGAAUGGGAGUUACUGAUCAACGUUUUGGACAUAAGCAAUUCAGGUCAGAAUUGUUGAGUUGUUUCAGUUCAAUUACAGCUCUAAGAGAUGAACGAUUCAUGGACACAUGAACUAACUAUUUCAUUGUUAUUCAUUUAAACAAAUCAAACAGUCUAUACUGUGAUAGUUAUUCAACUAUUAACUCCUUACGUCAACACAAAACUGUUUAUAUCCAUUUAAAUUAGCUUUAGAAUUGUCUAGUGCUUAUUUAUGUUAGUCAUGUAGCAUUAAGAGUUUUCACAUAACAGUCAAAACAUUGUUAUUCAUUGUCAAACCAUGUUGUUGCUUUUUACUCUUACCAAAUAUCGUAAAAUAUAGAAAAAAUGUGAACUAUCACUACAUCAAAACCACUUUAUAAUGUAUUUUAUUGGUUUCUGUUUAUCUGUAAAUUCAUUUGCUGAUGAUACUUAUGAGUUUUGAGGUGCUCCCCUCUUUUUUGAAAAUUGUCAUCACACCAAAUUGAUAAUGCCAUCAUUCCAUGCUUGUGCAUGACAGACUUAAAAUGGCUUAAGAGAUUUAUUAGUUGACAUGAGUUAUGUUAACACAAAGUUUUUAGUUUUUUUCACACUGGCUAUCCGUUUCAUAUAAUGUUUGUAAUUUUUAUUUUUACCAUUGUGUAUACUCAUUGAGGCAGUAGUCUAUAGGUGAAGAUAUAGCUUCCACCUGCCAUCUGUACCAAAGUAUAAAAUUACUGCCAGAGAUGUGGAAUUCGGUCAAGAGAUGUAAUGUUUAAUUGCCGUGGUGGGUCGCCAUAUGUAGCAGGAAGAAUAUAAGCAUAUUAAAGAGUUUAAACGUAUAAAAUCAUAAUUGUUUGACAUACACUCCAUGAUAUUUUUUCUUUAUUAUUCUAUUUGAAGGAGGCCUAUAUAUUCAUUAAUGGACACUUUAGGUUUGCUACUGCAAGUGAAUGGAACAGUCAAUUAUUGUAAAUCUUGCUGUUACUUUUCACAACCAAAUGUUUUUCAUGAAAGAUUUUUUCAGGUGUUAUACCGUACCACAUUGUCUACACUUAAAAUAGUUUAAUAUAGAGAAACAAAACAGAAAAUGAGCUAGAACAAUGAAUCUAUUGAUGGUUAACAGUGUUUUUUUGGUAAUGAGAAAAGUUAACCUUUUCUGAAUAGAUAGGAUUCAAGCAUCCUUCUCCAGUGUAUUGUUUUGUAUUAACCAGUUGAAGUAUUUUGUUUUUUACUCACCUGCAAUGGUCUUUUGUAUUUAUCUUCGACUAUUUUAGCACUUCUGAUUACUGAAAUGUGUGUAAUACUUGAUCAUUCUGGUGUGUCAUCAGUGGUCUUGUCAUUUUCUGAUGCAUUACAAUAAAAUAAAUGAUCAAAAUGUUA